UGUUGGCUGCAGCAGCUGCAGGAGUUCGGCGGUCCGGAAGUGGAGAAGCCUGACCUAUUGCAAGGAUCGGGGGCGGCUUCGAUGCUGACGCCGGCGAGAACUAGCUCCAGCCCGAAUUUAGCCAAACAGCUUAUCGUCGACCCCAGGGUGCGGUAUAAUGGCGACCUGGUCCAGAUGAAAGCCGUCCCUUCCCUCGGCAGCGGAUGCGAGUUGAAAGCGAAAUCAGUGGAGCUCCUCGUCCUGUUGCACGGCUUGAGACACGAAAACCUCAAUCCUCUGAUCGGGUGUCUGGCGGAACCGCCCAGAGCAGCUCUCGUGUCCGAGUAUUGCGCCAGGGGGUCCUUGCAAGACGUGCUCCAGCAGGACGACAUCAAGCUCGACUGGUCGUUUCGGCUGAGCCUGCUCACGGAUCUCGUCAGGGGCAUGAAAUAUCUACACACAACCCCAAUUAGAGUUCAUGGUCUCCUCACCUCAAGAAAUUGUGUCAUAGAUGCUCGAUGGGUUCUCAAAGUGACAGAUUAUGGACUUCCUGCAUUUUAUGAGGCUCAAGGAAUUCAAACCCCUGCAAAGACAGCAAGAGAACUCCUCUGGAGUGCUCCUGAGUUAUUACGACACGGUAGUCUGCGUAAGAAAGGAACUCAACAAGGAGAUGUUUAUUCUUUCGGAAUCAUCAUGCAGGAAGUUGUGGUUAGAGGAGAGCCGUUCUGUAUGUUGGCACUUACACCAGAAGAAAUCAUCGAAAAAGUUAAACGCCCGCCUCCUCUGAUCCGUCCGUCGGUCAGCAAAGGAGCAGCUCCACCCGAAGCCAUCAACAUUAUGCGGCAAUGUUGGGCUGAACAAGCCGAGAUGCGGCCAGAUUUCAGCACAGUCCACGAUCAGUUCAAAAAGCUGAACCAUGGACGGAAGGUUAACAUUGUCGACACAAUGUUCCAGAUGUUGGAGAAGUACUCCAACAAUCUAGAAGAAUUGAUCAGGGAGAGGACGGAGCAGCUGGAUAUAGAGAAGAAGAAGACUGAACAGCUACUGAAUAGGAUGUUACCUAGCUACGUCGCUGAGAAACUCAAACUAGGAAUGCCAGUCGACCCAGAGGAAUUCGAAGAGGUGACAAUCUACUUCUCGGACAUAGUGGGAUUCACGACGAUAUCUGCCCACUCGACGCCAUUCCAAGUGGUCGAUCUGUUGAACGACCUCUACACUUGCUUCGACGCCACCAUCAACGCGUACAAUGUAUACAAAGUGGAAACCAUCGGGGACGCUUACAUGGUCGUCGGGGGACUGCCGGUCAGGAUCCCGGAUCAUGCCGAACAGGUUGCAACAAUGGCUUUGGAUCUCCUCCAUCAAAGCGGUAGAUUUCGUAUCAGGCAUCUCCCUAAAACUCCUCUGAGGUUAAGAAUUGGACUUCACACAGGACCAUGCUGCGCAGGCGUAGUAGGUCUCACAAUGCCAAGAUAUUGCCUUUUCGGUGAUACUGUUAAUACUGCUUCUAGAAUGGAAUCAACAGGGUCUGCUUGGCGGAUCCACAUGUCGGAAGCAACAAAAAAUCACCUGGAGAGAGCAGGAGGAUAUCAGAUAGAAUAUAGGGGUCCCACAGAUAUAAAAGGAAAAGGAACUAUGGACACCUACUGGUUGCUUGGCAAAUUAGGGUUCGAUAAAUCUCUUCCAGAUCCUCCAUCUAUCGAAUUGGACGAAAGUCUUAUCAUAAGCACGUCAGUAAGCCACAAUCACGGAGAGGACUUCGGGGACUCCCUUUCUCUAGAAUCCCGCCUCCAUUCAGCCGACGAUUACAGCAGCAAGUCUCCCAGCAUUAAUCCCUCUUUUAUGAGGAACAUGGAGAUCUCCAAGUUCUCCACUCUGGCAAAGACCGUUGACGAUGCGGGACAGAGGUAGGGAUUAUCGGAAAUUUCAAUCCAGUGAAAUGACGUGUGUCGAGACUUUUGACCGUCUUACUCUGAUUCAGGACUCGUGAUAAUUCGAAGCUUAAUUAAGGAAUAUGUUGAAGGUUGACCAUUUGAAUUAGUUUCACAGUCAUUUAUGAAAUUUCAACAAAAUUGAAUCAUUACUUAGGAAUCAGAAAGUUUAUACAAGGUUUACCUUGUUCUCACAAAAAGUAGAAACAACAAUUUUUUUCUGUGACGGGAAAAAAGUUUGACAU